AUGAGUUCCACCACGAGGAAGACUCCUCAAUUGGAGAUUCCCUCACCCUUCGACCAACGGCCCAAGCUCAAUACGACGAGGACCACCACCCACCGGCUGCCUCCUCCAGCACUUUUCCAGGGACCGCCGUCCAAGAAUGCAUCACACAUCUCACUCGCCUUGCCGGGCGACCGGGCCCCAGGCGCAGCAGCAGACUCUGACGCACAGCAUCGGAUGCCACGGCCGUCCCGUGUACCACAAGCGACAUCGUUCUCUGGGCCCGCACUGCGCCAGCCCGCCACUGUAGCCGACGACCACCGCGCCGAGAGUCUCUGGGCAGAGAUGCAAAAGACCCUUGCCGAUGUCGAACUGUCCGCCAUGAACACUUCCCACGUCCUAGGUAACUCUCACGCCAAGGCCCUCGAGGACCUGCGUGCUGCCCAGUUGUCCCUCGCGCAGGCGUGGGCGAAAAGCGAAGCAGAUGAACUGCAAGAACAUGACGCCGACUCCGAUGCUGAUGCCGCCGUCGCGGUGUCGGAUUCCUUCGGCACGAAACCGAGCCCUGGAAAGAGCAAGGCCACCCCUGCAGAGAGGAAAGCCUCCGCGUUCACAAACAAAACCAGUCUCGAGGCGGAGACGGAGCGGGACAUUCACCUCGCAAGGAAGAGGCGUGAAGCCAACGACCGCUAUUUCCAACAGGUCAACCGGGGCGUGCUGGAUGUGGUGAGCAAGUUGGACGAAGUGGCCGGUGCAAUGCGGAGGGUCGAAAGGGAAUCAAGAGAGAUCUGGGACGAGUCCACUGGUGAUGAGAGUAUCAGCGACAGCGAGACAGGUGGCUCAGUGACAGAUCAUACUGGACUGACGGAUAGUCCUGCUAGUGCUAAAUAG